AUGAGCAGUGAGACGCCAGACCGCGAAGUUUUGCCCACAAAUGUGACACCGACCCACUAUGAAGUACGCGUGGAGCCCAACUUCAAAAGCUUUGAAUACGCAGGUAAUGUCAAGAUUGAUCUCAAAGUUAACGACCCCAAGGUGGCGUCAGUGAUGCUGAACACAGUCGAAUUGGACGUGCACGCCGCGCGAAUCGGCGACGCAGAAGCGACGCAAUGGACGUUCGACGAGGACAGUCAGACCACCACGUUCUGGUUCCCAGCUGGAACGCUCAAGGGCCAGGUUACGCUUGAGCUCGAGUUUACAGGCCGUCUGAACGACAACAUGGCCGGUUUCUACCGUGCCAAAUACACCGACAAACUGAGUGGUGAGACCAAGUACAUGGCCACGACGCAAAUGGAGCCCACGGACGCGCGUCGCGCGUUCCCUUGUUUCGACGAGCCCAACCUUAAGGCAACUUUUGCCAUCACUUUGGUGUCGGACCCACGUUUCACACACUUGUCAAACAUGGACGUGAAAUCUGAGAAUGUGGAAGAGGGCAAGAAGGUGACGGUUUUCAACACCACGCCAAAUAUGUCCACGUACUUGGUCGCAUUCAUCGUUGCUGAGCUCAAAUACGUCGAGAACAAGGAUUUCCGUAUCCCAGUGAGGGUAUAUGCCACUCCGGGCAACGAAAAACACGGUCAAUUCGCCGCAGACCUCACCGCCAAGACUCUUGCUUUCUUCGAACGCACGUUCGGGAUCCAGUAUCCUUUGCCUAAAAUGGAUAACGUCGCAGUGCACGAGUUCAGCGCAGGCGCCAUGGAAAACUGGGGAUUAGUUACAUACAGAGUCGUCGACUUGCUACUUGACAAGGAAAACUCUACUUUGGACCGUAUCCAAAGAGUUGCCGAAGUGGUGCAACACGAACUUGCUCACCAAUGGUUCGGUAACCUGGUCACCAUGGACUGGUGGGAAGGCUUAUGGCUAAACGAAGGUUUCGCAACUUGGAUGUCUUGGUACUCUUGUAACGAGUUCCAGCCUGAUUGGAAGGUCUGGGAACAAUACGUGACGGACACUCUACAAUAUGCUUUGGGACUUGACGCCCUCAGAUCCUCCCACCCUAUCGAAGUGCCUGUCAAACGCGCUGACGAGAUCAACCAAAUUUUCGAUGCCAUUUCUUAUGCCAAGGGUUCCUCUUUGCUAAGAAUGAUUUCCAAAUGGCUAGGUGAAGAUGUCUUCAUCAAGGGUGUUUCUCAAUAUUUGAACAAGUUUAGAUAUGGUAACGCUAAGACUGAAGAUCUGUGGAAGGCUUUGUCCGAUGCCUCUGGUAAAGACGUACCCAAAGUAAUGGACAUCUGGACCAAGAAGGUCGGCUUCCCCGUGGUCUCCAUCGAGGAAGAUGGCAACAAGGUUACUUUUACUCAGCAUCGUUACUUGAGCACUGCCGAUGUCAAGCCAUCUGAAGAUGAAACGUUAUAUCCAGUGUUUUUGGCUCUAAAGACCAACAGUGGUGUUGAUUCUUCCCUUGUUUUGGAUGGUAGAUCUAAGACCGUCGAAUUGCAGAACUCUGAAUUUUUCAAAGCCAACUCCGAUCAAGCAGGUAUCUAUAUUACUUCGUAUUCUGACGAGAGAUGGGCCAAGUUGGGGAAACAAGCCGAUAAGUUGUCUGUGGAAGAUCGUGCUGGUUUGGUUGCCGAUGCGAGAUCUCUAUCCGCAUCUGGUUACACUUCCACAAAGAACUUUUUGAAUUUGAUUUCUCAAUGGAAGAACGAAGACUCGUUUGUCGUUUGGGAUCAAAUGAUCAACAGUUUAUCCACUUUGAAAUCUACAUGGAUUUUCGAAUCCGAUCAAGUGAAGGAGGCUCUAUCUGAAUUCACUAGACAGCUAGUCGCUAGAAAAUCUAAGGAACUUGGCUGGAAAUUUAACGCUUCUGAUUCAUUUGCGACACAACGUCUAAAGGUUGAAAUGUUUUCCACCGCUUGCGCUGCAGAAGACCCCGAAGUUUUGCCAGUUGCAUUGGAAAUGUUCGACAAGUAUACUUCCGGUGACAAAAACGCCAUCCCAGCCUUGAUUAGACCCUCUGUCUUCAAUGCUGUGGCUAAGAAAGGUGGCGUGAAGAACUACGAAAAGAUGUACCAAAUGUUUUUGAAUCCUGUGUCUACAGACGAAAAGCUUGCUGCUUUGAGAUGUUUGGGUAGAUUUUCAGAACCAGAGUUGAUCGAAAGAACUCUCGGUUACUUGAUGGACGGAACUGUCUUGAACCAAGAUGUCUACAUUCCUAUGCAAGGCCUAAGAGCCCACAAGGCUGGUGUUAAGGCUCUGUGGUCCUGGUUGCAAGCCAACUGGGAUGAUGUUGUCAAGAAGUUGCCUCCGGGCCUAUCGAUGUUGGGUUCAGUCGUCACUUUAGCUACUUCUGGAUUCACCUCUUUCUCAGCAAUUGAAGAAAUCAAGGCAUUCUUUAACACAAAGUCCACCAAGGGUUUCGACCAGAGUUUGGCUCAAUCCUUGGACACCAUCACAUCAAAGGCUUUAUGGCUCGAAAGAGACCGCGAAAACGUGGAAAAAUACCUACGUGAUAAUGGUUAUUUUGGUAAGAAGUAG